CGCAGCGGCGCGGUGACGCAGCGUGGCGGCGGCGACGACGGCAGCAGCGGCGGCGACGGCGUCGGUCGGUGUGAGGAGAGAGGGAGGGAAGGCGGAGAGAGCGAGGCGAGUGGGGGCGGCGGUGGCGCGGGCCGGAGGCGAUUCACUCAGCCCCUGCUUGAACAUAGCAUGGAAUGAGGAGCGCCUGGCCUGAUGAGACUUCUGAUUGUUACUUUGGUUGAGUGGAAACGUGCUUCCUUUUGAUCUCCAGUCACUGGGCUCUUAUCUGCCCUGUGGAACCAAGAGAAUCAGUUGGCUCCUAUUUGUGUGACAGGUCUUCAGGAGCUCACAGAAACCUCCCUGAUGUGAACAGGCCUCUGCCCCCGCUGCCCCUCCCGGGAUUUUCUAAGCACCCUGACCCACACUCACCCCCCUCUCUGGGGAGAGACAACAGGAUUCUGGAGCCGAGACCAUGUGACAGCAUUGCCCUUCCCCACCAUUCCCCCACCCCCGGCCUCUGCCGGUGCCAAGCCCAGGCCCUGGCCACGGCACCAUGAUGUUCCGAGACCAGGUUGGCAUCCUUGCUGGCUGGUUCAAGGGCUGGAAUGAGUGUGAGCAGACGGUGGCCUUGCUGUCACUGUUGAAGCGAGUCACCCGGACCCAGGCCCGAUUUCUGCAGCUUUGCCUGGAGCACUCCUUGGCAGACUGUAACGAUAUCCACCUUCUGGAGUCAGAGGCCAACAGUGCUGCCAUCAUUAACCAAUGGCAGCAAGAGUCCAAAGAGAAGGUCGUCUCCCUCUUGUUGUCCCAUCUACCCCUGCUCCAGCCUGGCAACACAGAGGCCAAGUCUGAGUAUAUGAAGCUGCUGCAGAAGGUGCUGGCCUACUCUAUAGAGAACAACGCCUUCAUUGAGGAGAGUCGGCAAUUGCUCUCCUAUGCCCUCAUUCACCCGGCCACCACAUUGGAGGACCGAAACUCACUAGCCCUCUGGCUCAGCCACUUAGAGGAACGGCUGGCUGGUGGCUUCCGGACCCGAGCUGAGACUGCCUACCACUCCCGCCAGGGCUCAGAUGAAUGGGGUGGCCCUGGGGAGGCUGGCCCUGGGGAGCUAGGGCCAGGCUGGCAGGACAAGCCACCACGAGAAAAUGGACAUGUGCCCUUUCACCCUUCUGGUGCAGUGCCAUCCACCAUCAACAGUAUUGGGAGCAAUGCUAAUGCAGGCCUCCCCUGCCCAAUGCACCCAAGCCCGCUGAAGCGUUCCAUGUCGCUCAUCCCCACGAGCCCGCAGGGCCCUGGUGAAUGGCUGAACCCAGAGGAAAUGGGGGCAAGAGCAGCCUUUGCCCCACCCGACCACGCGCCCCUCUCGCCCCAGAGCAGUGUGGCUUCCUCAGGCAGUGAGCAGACGGAGGAGCAGGGCUCCAGCCGGAACACUUUCCAGGAGGAUGGCAGUGGCAUGAAAGAUGUGCCAUUAUGGCUUAAGAGUCUUCGCUUACACAAAUACGCAGCCCUCUUCUCCCAGAUGAGCUAUGAGGAGAUGAUGACCCUGACUGAACAGCAUCUGGAAUCUCAGAACGUGACCAAAGGUGCCCGUCACAAGAUCGCCCUGAGCAUCCAGAAGCUUCGUGAGAGGCAGAGUGUCCUCAAGUCCCUGGAGAAGGAUGUGCUGGAAGGUGGGAACCUGAGGAAUGCUUUACAGGAGCUCCAGCAGAUCAUUGUCACACCCAUUAAGGCCUACAGCAUCCUUCAGGCAGCUGUGGUGGCUGCAGCCAAGGAGGGGGGCAGGGGGGAGCCGCCGCUGAGCGCUGAGCCCCCCCCAGCUCGCCCAGGCCCUGAGAAGGCCCCUGAGGCCAAGGAUGCCCCAGCAGAAAGCUAUCCCCCCCAGCCGGCCCCUGCCCCCAGUGAUGGUAGUGAGCCAGCCACAGCCCCUGUCGCCGAUGGAGACCUCCCUAGCCAGUUUACCCGUGUGAUGGGCAAAGUGUGCACCCAGCUGCUGGUGUCCCGGCCAGAUGAGGAAAACAUUACCAGUUACCUCCAGCUCAUCGAAAAGUGCCUGACACAUGAGGCUUUCACCGAGACACAGAAGAAGCGCUUGCUGUCCUGGAAGCAGCAAGUCCUGAAGCUGCUCCGAACGUUUCCCCGAAAAGCUGCCCUAGAAAUGCAGAGCUAUCGGCAGCAGCAGAAGGGCUGGGCUUUUGGCUCCAACUCUCUCCCCAUAGCUGGUUCUGUGGGGAUGGGAGUGACCCGGCGGGCCCAGAGGCAAUUCCAGAUGCCCCCUCGGGCCCUACCACCUAGCCGAAUGGGCAUCCUGAGCCCUGCGGGCAUUGGAGGCGUUUCACCUCGACAUGCCCUCACCAGCCCUAGUCUUGGGGGGCAAGGACGACAGAAUCUGUGGUUCGCCAACCCUGGAGGCAGUAACAGCAUGCCCAGCCAGAGCCGGAGCUCCGUGCAGCGCACUCACUCCCUCCCUGUGCAUUCCUCCCCCCAGGCUCUCCUCAUGUUCCCGCCAGAUUGCCAGGUCCCAGGCCCAGACCUGGAGAUCAACCCUACGCUGGAGUCUCUAUGCCUCAGCAUGACGGAGCACGCCUUGGGUGGUGAGAGCUUCCCUCCUUCCAGUCCCCUCUACAGGCUCCUUUCUUGAGAAUGAUCCCCAGGCCUUCCCCUCUUCAUCCACAGAACAAUGCCAGGCUUGCAGGCCUGAGCCAAGAAGCCACACCACUGUGCAGGAGGCCUGAGUGCCCGGGAUGCCCAUGUGGGGAGGUCUGGAAGCCCCCACCCUGAUCUCCUUCAGCUCCUGACCCCCCUCCUUCCUCUCUCUCUCACCACAGAUGGGACAGACAAAACUUCCACAAUCUGAUGUGACUGAGAGCCCAGCGGAUGUGUCGUCCCCCUGGGGUGGGGAGAGGGGCCCCCCCAUCCCCUCAGUGACAAGAGGGGUGGUGUUGGCUCAGUUAUAUGUUCUAAUAUUUUUCUACUUUAUUAUCCCUUUAACUCUGGUUUAAUAUUGAUAGACACCAUUCGCCCCCCUCCCCCCCUGGAGGCCCCACGUUGCUAUGACGCAGGGUAUAGAGGGGGAUCUCUGCUGAGGGCCAGGGCAUGGUAUGGAGGGGAUCCAGGGCCAGGGGAACUGCCCUAGGCACCUCUCCUCCUUCCCCUGCUUCCUUUCUGGACAAUGGCUUUCCCAGAACUCUGGACACCCCUCCCCAGAGAAACUGACUCCAAAGGAGGCCAGCAGACCCCCCCCUCCCUGGGGGGCCUGUCCCAGAGCAUUGGGGUGACUGAGCACAGAUCUGCCUGCUCUGUUCAACACUUUGUGGGAGGAGAGGGCAGUGAGGAGACAGAAAUCUUGUUUUCUCCCAUCAUUUCCCCUCUUUCUCACAGACACACACCUUGCCCUAAGGAGGGGAGUUACCUCCCUCUUCCCCCCCCUCUCUCUCCCUUCCCAGAGUUUCCGUACGAUUAAUUUCUUAGGCCUAUUUAAGACAUAUAUUUAUAUAGUUCUUAGCGGUUUCUCUGUCUCUCUCUUUCAAUCACUCCCUCCCUCCCUCUCAUUUUAAUCUCAUCAUUGGGUCUCUCUGAGCCAUGAUGUAUGGAGGGAGGGCAACAGGGGAGGCUGAGGGUCUGGGGGAUGGAACCAGGGGUGAGGGCAGCGCCUUCUCCCCCGUCCUCCCCCCCAAUCCCCCAGACUCCCCUUUACCCCCUGCCUAGCUCCUGGAGGCCCUGGGGGGAGGCAGGGCAGGGCAGAUAGGUGGGGGAGUGGCCAGUGGGGUCAGAAAGUCUGUUGCCUUAAUGCCCCCUCCCUUCACCCCCCCCUUCUAUACCCGCACCCUAACCAGGAGGCGAGAAACAGGGUGGGGGUAGGGAAUGGAAGGCUUCUCUUUUCAGUUUUUUCCUUUUCUUCUAGCCCUCUCCCUGCUCUGUCGUGACCUCACUAAAGUGGAACACUACAUCAUAGCCCAGAGUCCCAUCCCCCCCACCCCCUUGGGUGGAGGAGAGUGCCAGGGGCAGCGGGAGGGGAGAUGCCAGAGACUCCCACCCUCUCCCCCAGCCCCCCUUGGGUGGGCCUCUUCUUGGUACAGAAGCUUUUCCCACCCUGCCCCUUCCUACUGGGACUCUCUCAAGCUUUUCACACAGAAAAGGAAAAAAAUGUUAUUUUUAGAUACAUUUUAUGAAUAACUUUUGUUAUGACUAUGGCUGGUAACCAUUACGUAUGUUAUUAAAGAAACAAAAUGUUGGAAAAAAAAAACCAAAAAACCCCCCCCAAGCCUCCUGGCCCCUCUCCCUUCUUCCCAACAGCCACCCAGUCUGGUGCCCCUGGCUCCACUCUCCCUCCUCAGCUCCUGGUCUAUUCCCCUUCCUGCCCCCUUUUUUGCCCAGGGAGGGAGGGGGCAGGGAAUCCCAGGGGCCUCGUCUCCAGGGGGCCUCCCCACACCCUGGCUGGGGGGAGGGGUGGGGAGGGGCUCGGGUUUAUUUAUGUACCUCUUGCACUCAUCAACCUAUGCAAGCCCCUCUCCCCCAUCCCCUCCAUAUUGCUGUGCCUUUGCCUGUCCCCCAUCUCCUGGGGAUCCUCACCCCACAGGGGGACAAGGGGACACCACAACUUGGAAUCAGCAGAAUGGUGUUUUGUGGGGUAGGGGUUCCUGUCCACCCUAGGUUCCCCCCCCACCCCCAUCCCCAGCCAGGUCCCAUCCCAUCAAUCUGUUAGGCCUGAGCCGGCUCAGCCUACCAGUGAGGACCUCCCUAUUGGAAAGGGGUGGGGACCCCCAGAGAGGAGAAAAACACCCUCUCCCACCCUCCAGCCUGACACCAGAGUGUGUGGGACGCAGGCGGCCCCCACCCCGACGGGCAGGACCCAGUCCCCCGUCCCCUAUUUUCCCUCCCCUCCCGGGCCCUCCAUGGUUUCAGCACUCCAUCUUCCCCCAGCCCCACUGGCAGAAGCAGCUUUGAGUAACUGUACACAGUUUUUCUCUCUGUUGGAGAAGACAAAUUUGUUGGAGUUUCACUUGUUUAAUGGUCCGGGCUUAUUUUGGAAAAAAAAAAUCUGACCUUUGUUAUAAUACAUUUAAUGAAAACCCAA